CUGUGAAUUAAAACACAUCGGGCGUAUUAAUAUUUGUUUUAUUCAUGAAUUUUAUUUUUAUUACAUCGUAAAAAUAUAUAUCACGGAUUAACUCGGGUAUCAAUAAAUCUAUUGUUUAUUAUCAAUUAGUACGUUUCUCGACGAUGAGCUCCAAAUAGAAUCCUGUUUUUUCCAGUUCCGUCGCUUUAUAAUUUCUAAUUCUUAACAAACUAUAUUUUUUACAAUAGGAUAUUCAACAUAUUGCUAUUAUUGUUUGUAAAAUCAGUGUGGAAGGCUUUGUUUUGAACAAAAUGGCUUUGAAAAUUCGUGUUGAUUCGCCUAAUGUGAAAUACACCGACGAUUAUAUCGAAGCACAAUACGAGUAUCGAACGACGUACGUUACGGUGGACGAUCAUGCAAAAUACACUGCAACACCAGCAACUACAAAUCUCGUGAUUAGAACACAAUUAAAAGUUCCGAAGCUUGGAGUGAUGUUGGUGGGAUGGGGUGGAAACAAUGGAACUACUUUCACUGCAGCGCUUUUAGCAAACAAACAUAAGUUGACCUGGGAAACAAAGCAUGGUCUUCAGAAAUCAAAUUGGUAUGGUUCUUUAAUUCAAGCAUCUACCAUCAAACUAGGUAGAGGGAAAACAGAAGAUGUGUUUGUUCCCAUGUCCUGGAUGCUUCCAAUGGUAAAUCCAGAUAAUAUAGAACUUGAUGGCUGGGAUAUAUCUGACUUGAAUCUGUUCAAAGCCAUGCAGCGAGCGAAGGUUUUGGAUAUCAAUUUGCAGAAGCAAUUGGAGACACACAUGGUGUCUAUGAAACCCAGGAAAAGCAUAUACUAUCCCGAUUUCAUCGCUGCAAAUCAGGAAGAAAGAGCAAACAAUAUUAUCCCGGGUACGAAACUAGAGCAGUUAAAUUUGAUCAGAAAGGAUAUUGCUGAGUUUAAAAAUGCUAAGAAGUUGGAUCAAGUGAUUGUGCUGUGGACUGCUAACACAGAACGAUUUUCCGAAAUAAUUUGUGGCCUCAACGACACUGCUGACAAUUUGCUAAAAGCCAUAAGCGAUAAUCAUUCAGAAAUCAGUCCAAGUACAGUGUUCGCAGUUGCGGCAGCUCUGGAAGGCUGUACAUAUAUAAAUGGUUCACCACAAAAUACCUUCGUACCAGGUGCAAUAGAAUUAGCAAAGAGACAAAAGACAUUCAUUGGUGGUGAUGAUUUUAAAUCUGGACAGACAAAGCUGAAAUCUGUACUAAUCGACUUUUUGGUCUCUGCUGGUAUUAAACCAGUGUCGAUAGUCAGUUAUAACCAUUUGGGAAAUAACGAUGGGUACAAUUUGUCUGCUCCGCAACAGUUUCGAUCUAAAGAGAUUUCUAAAAGCAACGUGGUAGAUGACAUGGUACAAUCAAAUAGGAUUUUAUAUAAACCUGAGGAAAAGCCAGAUCACUGCGUCGUUAUCAAAUAUGUCCCAUAUGUUGGUGACAGUAAACGGGCAAUGGAUGAAUACACAUCGGAAAUAUUACUCGGAGGGCAGAACACUAUAGUGAUUCAUAACACCUGCGAAGAUUCCCUGUUGGCCAGUCCAAUAAUACUGGAUCUGGUUUUAUUGGCAGAGAUUUGCUCACGCAUCAGUUUCAAGCUAGCAGACACGGAAGAGGAAUUCACCAGAUUUCACAAUGUACUCUCUGUAUUGUCAUACCUUUGCAAAGCGCCACUGGUUCCACAAGGGACACCAGUGAUAAAUGCAUUAUCCAAACAACGAGCCGCGAUUGAAAAUAUUUUGAGAGCUUGCCUUGCAUUACCCCCUGAGAAUAAUAUGUUGCUCGAACACAAAGUGAUUUUUGGUAAGCAAAUAUAAACCAGAGAAACAAAAUUCUAUCUUGAGAGUGAAGAAAUUACUAUCAAAGAAGUAAAGAACGAAGAAAUAGUAUUACGUUAGAGUAAUACGAGAAACAGGAAAUUUUAAAUCUUCCUGUAAAAUUUUUCACAGAGUCUAUGAGAUGAAGGUUUUGGAAAAGCAGAUAUCACAAAAGUUAUUUAGUGUAAAUUUUGAUUGUUUUUAAUUAGUAGAAGUUAUAUGUAAGUUUGAAGAAAGAUUUGUCUAUAAACUACAAUAUUUAAUGUAUUAAUUUCGCAAAAUUUUACAGCGCACAGAUGAUGUAUAUUUUGAAAAGAAAAAACAUGAAAGUGUAUACUUUUAUUUUUUUGAAUAAUAAAAGAGUCAUUAGUUUUUUA